AUGGACGAGGGGGCGCAGGGCACGGCGCACGUGGAGGGCGCGCAGCAGGCCGGUGACGACGCGCCUGGGCUGGUGCAGCGGUCGGGAGGCGACGACCGGCUGCAGGUGGACACGAGGCUGGAGAAGGAGCUGCGGGAGAAUGGCUUCCGGUCGACCAGGCGCACCAAGAUGAUCUGCACAAUUGGCCCUGUCUCUGAGAGCGAGGAAAUUCUGGAGAAGAUGGCCGAGAAAGGGAUGAACGUCGCGCGCCUGAACAUGUGCCACAACACGAGGGAAUGGCACGCGGAGGUCAUUCGCCGCAUUCGCGCCAUCAACGCGCGCCGCGGCUUCAACAUCGGGAUCAUGAUGGACACCGAGGGCGCCGAGAUCCACUGCAAGGAGACGCCGGGGACCGUGGGGACGAAGCACAGGGUGCAGGAGGGCCAGGACUUCGUGUUCACGAUCCGCAGACUCGCCUCCGCGGUCCCGGACUGCCUCGAAGUCAACUACGACGGCUUCGUCGACGACGUCCAGGUCGGGGACGACAUCUUCGUGGACGGCGGGAUGGUUUCGUUCACGGUGGUGGAGAAGGCGGGCCCGGACGUGCUGUGCCGCUGCGUGGACCCGGGCCUCGUGCUGUCCCGCGCGAACCUCACCUUCCGCCGCAACGGCUCCAUCAUCCGCGCGAAGAACUCGCAGCUGCCCGUGAUCACGUCCAAGGACUGGCAGGACAUCGACUUUGCCAUCGCGCAGGGCGUCGACUGGAUCGCGGUCUCCUUCGUCAAGCAGGCGGACGUCAUCAAGAACCUUCAGUCCUACGUCGCGGCGCGCGCGACCAAGGCCGUCGAGGUCGUCGCGAAGAUUGAAAGCAUCGACGCGCUAGACAACCUCCCGGACAUAAUUGCCGCGUCCGACGUCAUCAUGGUCGCCCGGGGAGACCUCGGCGCGCAGAUCCCCGUCGAGGACGUGCCCGCGGUGCAGAAGCGCAUCGUGACGCUCUCGCGGCAGGCGGGCAAGCCCGUGAUCGUCGCCUCGCACCUGCUGCAAAGCAUGAUCGAGUACCCGUGCCCCACGCGCGCCGAGGUGUCGGACAUCGCGGACGUCGUGCGGCAGCGCGCGGACGCGGUGAUGCUGAGCGCGGAGACGGCGACGGACGGCGCGCACGUCGAGGCGGCGGUCGAGGUGCUGCGCGACACGUGCACGCGCGCGGAGGAGUGGCUGCGCGAGAGCAACUUCGCCGCGCUGGACCUGCCGGCGCUCGGCGCGACGUACGAGGGCCGGCUCGCCGAUGAGCUCUCCGCGUCCGCGGUGCGCAUCGCCAACCACCUCAACGCAAAGGCUAUCUUCGUCUUCACGCGGCGCGGCUACAUGGGCCAGUUCCUGUCCCGGCACCGCCCGGACUGCCCGAUCUUCGCCUUCACGGACAAGGGCGACACCGCCCGGCGCCUCAACCUGCGCUGGGGCACCGUGCCGUUCCGCCUGGACUUUGACCCGGAGCCGGAGGAGAACGUCAACCGCACGUUCCGGCUCCUCGUGAAGCGCGGGCUCGUGCAGGCGAACGACGUCGUCGUCGUCGUGUCGGACUUGCUGUCCCCGGGCACGCUGGUCCAGGGGUCCGUGCGGUCGAUCCAGGUGCGCCGCGUGGCGUGCCCCGACACCGGGCCGGUGCCGGACCUCGACGGGGACCACGCCGAGCCGCUGGAGACGAAGCCGGUCAAGCGGAGGCUGGAGAGCGAGCGGGACAGCGAGCGGAUGGCGCGCCUGCGAGCCUUUCAGGAGCGGUUGCUGGCGGCGGAGGCGAGGAGCGACUCGAGCGAGUCGGACAAGGAGUGA